CGCCUACAGUGUUGGAAUCGAACGUCCCCGAGCGCACACGGCGUAGAGGAGCGUACGGCGCACGAGUCUCUGGAAGGGAGAUAACGGUUUCUUUUUUUGCCCCCCUCUCCACUCAAACAACAAGAACAAACCAAACCUGAUUUUUUUUAGGGGGGGUUUACAGAGUCUUCUGAUCACAAGGAGGAGGGAAAGCGAGGGAUUGGAGCCGCAAGUUUUUUUUUUCUUUUUUCGUUUUUUUUUCUUCUCUCCUUUUUCCUAAAAGAGGAUUCUGUGUUUUCGCGGUGGUUUGUUCUCCCCUCUCGCCGCAAAGAUGAUGGUCGGAGAGGUCGAAGUGAAGGAGCGACCGAGGCCGAGUCCCGACUAUUUGAUGCAAUUGUUAAACGAGAAGAAGCUCAUGACCAGUUUGCCAAAUCUCUGCGGCAUCUUCACACACCUUGAGAGGCUUCUCGAUGAAGAGAUCAACAGAGUGCGUAAAGACAUGUACAGCGACACAGUGAAUGGCCUUGUGGACAGACACCCACUGGAGCUGCCUGACGCAAUGGGACCCAUCGUCCACCUGCAGGAAAAACUGUUUGUGCCUGUCAAAGAGUACCCCGACUAUAACUUUGUGGGGAGAAUCCUUGGCCCUCGGGGACUCACAGCCAAACAGUUGGAAGCAGAGACGGGAUGCAAAAUCAUGGUGCGAGGCAAGAGCUCCAUGAGAGACAAAAAGAAGGAGGAGCAGAACAGAGGGAAACCAAACUGGGAACACCUAAACGAAGACCUUCAUGUCCUGAUCACAGUGGAAGACACACAGGCCAGAGCGGAAAUCAAGAUGAGGAGAGCGGUGGAGGAGGUCAAGAAGCUCCUCGUACCUGCUGCGGAGGGAGAAGACAAUUUGAAGAAAAUGCAGCUGAUGGAGUUGGCGAUUCUCAAUGGGACAUACAGAGACAACAACAUCAAAACACCCACCCUUGCGUUUUCUCUUGCAGCAGCGGCAGCAGCCGCUCAGGGCCCCCGUCUCAUAGCGGCCCCCACAGGUCAGGUGUUGCCUCCCCCGGCACUCCGGCCCCCAACACCAGCUGGGGCCCCCAUCAUGAACCUCAUCCGGCCCACUCAGAUGGCUGCCAUGCUGCCCAAUGGCACCCCCACCCUGGUGCCUCCCACACCGGAUGGCGGGCUUAUCUACACCACCCCUUACGAGUACCCUUACGCCCUGGCACCCACCUCCCUGCUGGAGUACCCCAUCGAGCACAGUGGGGUUCUAGGUAAGAGAGCCUGGGGAAGCAUGGGUGCAGCAGGUACAGCGGCCAACUUUAGCCAGCCUGGACAUGAGGGCAGCUUGUUUUACCCCGGAGCUGGGGUGCUGGACGCGGCUUCCAUGAGCCACAGUCAGGACUUGUUGAAAGGUGCAAUGGCUACUAAAGUGAGACGGCAUGACACGCGGGUCCAUCCUUACCAAAGGAUUGUGACCGCUGACAGAGCCGCCACCGGCAACUAACACAUGACCUUCUGACCUCUGAACUCUUCACCCAAUGACGAGCCGCCCCAAGCCUGCCUGCUGAUCAGUUAACUGGUAAUUGCCUUUUGCUAGCCUCUCGGACGCAAGUGAGAGAGAGAGAGGCGCCUGCCCGUACAGUUACCCUAACACGUUCUGACAAAAAAUAGAAACCAACGCAGAAUCUUCACAGAAACACAACAAAACCCAACAAAGUUGUGUAAUAUUCAUUUUUUCCCUCUGUUCAUUGAGUUUAAUUCCCAUUCUUUCUCUUUCUUUUUCUUCAUGAAUCAUAUACUGGGUGGAUGUUUGUGGUAUUACUCAUAAAUCUGCACUGAAUUAUAUAGCAAUAAAGACCCCACCCGCCCUCCUUAAAUCGCUCUGAUUUGGUGACCUCACAUGUACGAAUCAAACAAAGGUCAAUAUCUAUUUGACGCAAACCAUUUGGUUUCAGAGAUAUGACAUAAUCCCGUUGAAAUGUGCACCACCCUCCUCCCCCAUCCAAAAGAAAUACUUAAAGCCCCCUAACUGCUCCCACCCUGUUCCAACACCCACCUAUUGGGAGAGAAAAAGAAAUAGAAGGAAAGAGAACAUACACUCACAUUAACUUGUUUAAUUUCUCUCAUUUUUCACAUGUAGUGCAGUUGUUGAGCUCUAAGAUGUAAUUAUGAGCUGACACAUUCUGGGUGUGCCCCUCAAACAGCUUUCUGUCUGUUUUUUAAAAAAGCAUGGCUGAAAUGAUUGCAAAAGAAGCUUUUUAUGAUUUAUGUGUUGUUUUGUUUUUUUUUUUCUUCUGUCUUGUUUUUUUGUUUUUGUUUUGUUUUGCUUUACUUUUGAGUCAUUUUCUCCACUUGAUUUUAGCUUCUCUGUUCAUAUUUGACUAAUUAGCUUUGCUUAAAUUGACUAGCCAAAAUAAGGCAGGUGGUUAUCUCUGGAAAAACAAAACGCAAUCUUAUGUUUGACGCAGGCUGCUGAAACUAAGAAAUGAUGAAGGGCAAAAUGGGAAGGUCAUAAUUUGGGAUGAUGGGUUUGUGUGUGUGUUGUUUUUUUUUAAUUACUACUACAAUGAAAGUAGGGUGUGCUGAGGCUUUGGGGACAUUGGAGCAGUGCUUAUAAGCUACUGACCAUUGCUACGCCCCCAUCCACACUACAUCCAUUAUACAGUGCCUGAUGUAUUUAGAAAAAAAAAAAAAUAUCUCAAUGAGUUAGCUGAGCUGUGAUCGAAAAGACAAAAAAAAAAAAAGUAUCAAGUGUGCAUAUUUAGCCAAAGGGUUUUCCAAUGAAUUAUAUAUCUGCAAUUAUGCAUCUGUCUCACAGAGGGCUCUCUUUGUGAUUUUUAGAGUUUGGAAGGGUGUGAAUUUGUGGUGCCUGCCUUCAGCUGGAACAGACAGCCAGUCAGUUUAGAUGAUUUUUGACUCAUUAAUGCUCUUUUUUUUUUUUUUUUUUUUUUUUUUUUUUUUCUGAGG